AUGGGUCGCCAUUCCUGUUGUGUAAAGCAAAAGUUGAGGAAAGGUUUAUGGUCUCCUGAUGAAGAUGAGAAGCUAUUCAAUUACAUUACCAGAUUUGGUGUUGGCUGCUGGAGUUCAGUUCCCAAACUAGCUGGGUUGCAAAGAUGUGGAAAGAGUUGCAGGUUAAGAUGGAUAAACUAUUUGAGGCCUGAUUUGAAGAGAGGAAUGUUCUCGCAGCAGGAGGAGGAUCUUAUAAUCAGUCUUCAUGAAGUCCUUGGAAAUAGGUGGGCUCAAAUAGCAGCACAAUUACCAGGGAGAACAGAUAAUGAGAUUAAAAACUUUUGGAAUUCAUGUCUAAAGAAGAAGCUAUUGAAGCAAGGGAUUGACCCAACUACACACAAGCCUCUUACUGAAGCUCAUGGGAAGGAAGAAACAAAAAGCACAGAGACAACGCCUAUACAGAUACCAUUGUCUCAAGGGCCUUCAGCUGCAUCAACCUUAACUUCAUCACAGGGUUCAGCACUUCUAAUAGGUGAUUCGAAUUACUAUGAUUGUGGGCUAACAGAAGCUUCAAGAGAAAUUUUCAUGACCAAGCCAGCAUUGGAUCCUUUGUCCUACUAUGAUUUCCAAAUGGGUGUUAUGCAAUCUGGUUAUAACUUACCUCUGAGUCCUUAUCACACGAGCCUUAGACCAUUUGAUCAGAACCAAUUUGGACAGAACUCAAGCAAUGGAUUCUCUUCAAUGCCAAGUUUAACCAAUUCGGAUCAUGGGAACGUGUCGGUGACUGAGUUUUCAGACAACAAUUCAGCUUCAAAAAUCAGUUCCUUGUUCAUGAAUGAUCGGGUGAAAGAAAGUUCCAGCAAUAGCUCAAACAUGAGCACUAUUUAUCAAGGAGGAGGGUGUCAAACGAACAGCAUGAUGGAAAAUGCAGGGUUCUCGUGGGACGGGGAGAACAAGUUGGACCCUUUGUUUCAGUUCCAAGUCAAUGCCAUAAAAUCCGAGGAUUUCAAGACAAGUUCAUGGGAAGAUCAAGGGCAACUGCAGACUCACAAUUCGAUAGAUUUCACUAGCUUUCCAUUAACGUCACUGUCAGAGGAUCUAACAGGAGCAAAUUUUGAUGUGUUCCAGCAUAUAUGA